AUGGAUGUAACUAUCAGGGUGCCUGGUUCGGUUCCCGGCGGUGUUUAUUCGGACCUGAUGAAGGCUGGCGUCAUUGGUGACAUUCUGGCGGGUUUCAACGAUGUGCAAACAAGAUGGGUCGCCUAUGACACAUGGACAUAUACCGGAAGGUUUAAUGUAAGUGCAGAUGUAUUGAGUUCAGCAGUUGCUCGUCUAGUCUUUUAUGGAAUUGACACGAUUGCUUAUGUGGAAGUUAACGGCAUUCCGGUUCUCACAACUAAUAACAUGUUCGUGAGAUAUGCCAUUGAUGUUAAAGAACAUUUGAAGUUAGGACCAAAUGAGAUAAAGCUAAGCUUCGAGUCUCCUGUGGAGGCUGCUAAGCAUCGAUCGGAGAAGCAUUUCACGUUACCAGCGUGCGUGCCGAAACAGUAUAACGGGGAAUGCCAUGUAAACCAACUCAGGAAGAUGCAAGCUUCCUUUAGCUGGGACUGGGGUCCGGCGUUUCCAUCUGUGGGUCUUUGUAAAAAUGUGAAGACUAUGACGUUCCAAAUAGAAGCCAAAAUCAACUUGGAAGCGGAUCAAUCGAAGACUGUAGCGCGAAUUCAAAAUGUAACUACAGCUACCGAUGGUUCAGCGGAAAUUAAUAUACAAAUGAUACUGAGUGAUAACGUUGUGAGGUCUUGGUGGCCGAAUGGUUACGGUAAUCAGAAUCUUUACGAUCUCGACGUGGUACUCAGUCAGGAAAACAAUGCAGUGUCCAAGAAACAUGUGCGCGUCGGAUUUCGUACGUUGGAACUGGUACAAGUAGAUAUCUCUGAGAAGUUAAGAAAUGCGACGUUCGGUCAAGGUCUUACUUUCCAUUUCGAGGUGAACGGUUAUCCUUUAUUUAUGAAAGGCUCCAAUUGGAUUCCGGCACACGUAUUACCAGAGUACGGUUAUGACAAAGACAGAAUUGAUAAUCUUCUCCUCUCGGCGAAAGAAGCGCACAUGAAUAUGCUGCGAGUGUGGGGUGGUGGCGUGUACGAAGAUGAGUACUUCUACGAUCGGUGUGACGAGUACGGAAUACUCAUCUGGCAGGAUUUACUAUUUGCCUGCAGCAUGUACCCUGUUGAUGCGGAAUUCCUAGAAAAUGUAAAGAUUGAAGUAGAACAGACUGUUACUAACUUGAAAAGUCAUCCGUCUAUAGCGUUGUGGGCAGGGAAUAAUGAGAACGAAGCAGCGUUGACAGGCAACUGGUAUGGUACAAAGCAAGAAUUUGAAAAAUACAAAAAUGAAUAUAUUAAACUUUAUGUGGAUACGAUACGACCGAUUGCAGAAAACUUGGAUGAUAAUGCUUAUAUUGUCUCAAGUCCAUCUAAUGGGCUGAAGUCUGAGAUGGAUGGUUAUCUAUCAAGCAACCCUUAUGAUCCAAGAUAUGGCGAUACUCAUUAUUAUAACUAUAUGGCAGACAAUUGGGACUUCAAUAUUUACCCGAAAACUCGAUUCGCUUCUGAAUAUGGAUUUCAAUCUUUGCCAUCAUUGGCGACGAUGCGACAAGCCACCCGUGAUCCUAAGGAUUUCGCAGUAGACAGUCUUUAUUCUAAGCAUAGACAACAUAGUCCUGGCGGAUAUGAGGCUAUAGAAAAUCAAAUUAAUAGACAUUUACACCUGGAUAGGAAUGACUCUAAAUAUUUCGAAAAAUUUGUUUUUUAUAGCCAAAUUUCUCAAGCUAUGGCGAUAAAAACGGAGACAGAAUUUUACCGACAAAGUCAAGAAGAAUGGUAUACAAUGGGCGCUUUGUACUGGCAGUUGAACGAUAUAUGGCAAGCGCCUUCGUGGUCGGGAAUAGAGUACGGAGGUAAAUGGAAAAUGCUACAUUAUUUCGCCAAGUCGUUCUUCGUUCCAGUUUUGGUAUCACCCAGGCUUCUCGAGACCGGCGAUGUCGAUGUUUAUCUUAUUAACGAUAGAUUCGUACCUAUUAUUGACGCUACGAUUAUUGUUGAUGUAUUUAAUUUCACUAGUUUGGUACCAGUUAGUACCCAAACUUAUAAAGCAGACGCACCUGCGUUGAGCUCCAAGAAACAGGGUUUUAUAGUAAAGUUGUGGAAUCAACAGACGGAUGAGAUAUUUUUGAGGUUUUCGUUGCGAGCAGACGGUGUGAAGUCAUCGCCGUACAACUACGUUUUCCCGAAACCCUUAAAAACUGUAAAGGGAUUGUCUCAAACCAACAUUAAGGUAACAGUUACUAAGCAAAUAAAAUCUAUAAAUAAUGAAUAUAGAUAUACAGUAAGAAUACACGUGGACAGAAUUGUCCUGUUCUUGUGGUUGGAAGUUGAUGAACAUAUAAAAGGGAAAUUCCAGAACAACGGGUUUAUUGUGACUACACCUAAUUUAAGGGUGAAUUUUAUAAGCAGUGACGACAUCCAAGCUCAAGAGUUGCAAAGGAAGAUUACGUAUCAAUAUUAUGUCAAUUAGAUAUUAAAUUAUAAACCGACUGAUGUUUCUGAUGAAGCUUUUAAUUUUGAAAGAAUAAAGAAAACUUAUUAUUCAAAAUA